ACCAUACGAUAGUGACGUCAUCGUUUGUGCUGCUGGCAGAAUACUAGUCCGUUUGUCGUUCUUUACUUCCUCCAAGCGAGUCAAUUUAAAAGUGCACUUUCCUAUUUCGUUUUUUUAGUUUCGCUAUGUCCAUAUAGUUGAAAGUACUCACUCAUUCGAAGUAGUCCCAACUUGGAGAGAAGAAAAACAAAAUGUUAACUUGCAGUUAGGAGACAACAUCAGUCCACUUUUUCUACUAAAUGUAACUUAGCUGCAAAGUUGUGUCUUCAUUGAUUUUUGCAACCUUGCAAAGGGAAAUACAGCCCUUAAAAUUAGUUGGUAAACUCUACAUUAAAGUUAGUUAUGGCUGAUACUGAGACCGUUGUCGCUGCGGGCUGCUUGGAAAAGUUGAAGUGUUACGUGACGACUCGAAAAGGAACAAUUCUCGCUGCAGAAAUACUCAUCAGUUUAAUCAUCCUAAUCUGCUAUGCUGCGUCAUUUCAUGGAGGAUAUUCUGCGGUGGCCAUCUGUGAGAUGGUGUUCGCCAUCAUCUUCUUUGUCGUCUUCAUGAUGGAAAUGGACAAGUCCAUUCAGGUGGUCAACUGGGUCUGGAGUGAUCUUUUCCGUGCUGCUAUUGGUGCAGCCCUGUACGCCAUCACCUCUCUAAUCUGUGUGAUUCGUGGAACGGGGGACGAUGCCCUUAUUGCCGGAUGGGUGUUUGGCCUGCUGGCUGGGAUCCUGUUUGCCUAUGAUGUCUACACCAUCAUCCUUGUCAUCAAGAGCAACAGGCAGGAUACAGCAGCGCCCACUGGUGGGUAUUUUGGGUAAGGCUGGGAACUACAGUUUGGAAUUGGACAUUUUCCUUGUUUUGUUCCCUGCUUUGUUUACAGAUGUUUAAGCCCUCGAAGAUAAACCCCAUCUUAGUCAUUGAAAGAAAAUGGCAUUUGUGCAGGACGAGAUGACAAUGAAGAGAGAAAGAAGUGCAGCAGAUUGGAAUGAAGUUUGAUGCUCAAAUGAAGAGAUUAAUAGCAGAAAUUAACCAAUGUUAGGGUCAGAGGAGAAAAACAUCUACUGUACUAUCUAUGGCUGACACAGAGAGGAUAAUGUUAUACUGCACUGAGAUCAUUAUGUUCAAAAGAACCAUGUAAAUUCCAGGAGGGAUUCCCUUGACAACCGCUGUUCCAGUCUCGGUGUACAAUUCUACCGUCCCAUUGUUCAAUCUUUAGUCUGAUGAAAAAGGGAAAGAUGUCAAUAUUAUGCAGCAUAAGGAGGUGGAAAGCUCUGGAAAGUUCACACUAGGACAUCGUUUAUUUUCUGAUCUAAUGAACUAUUGUGUAAAAAAAAGAUGUCUGUGUUGAGUUACAUCCACUGCUAAAGUAUUGGUUUGUAUUAGAAAUUAGAUUGUAGCAUUACAUUUAUAGAGGUGCUCAGAUUAAUAUAACAUCAUAAUGUAACAUCAAUAUUUUUGGUACAAAUGCCAUUCUCUCUCUCUUUGUCGUCAUAAUUUCCCCAGUUGUGACUGUAAUAUAUUAAAAAUGUGCUGGUUGAAUUAAGCCAAAUUUUGCUUGCGUUUAGACCUUGAUUUAAUCCGAUCGAGUGUUAACCGGCAUAGCGGAUGUUUUGACAUAUGUUGGAGGUGUCACUGCAGUAUGAGCUGACAAAUAGGUGAGAGGCUGCUCUUGUGUGUCACAAACCACUUCCUUCCUUAUUAAUCCUACCGAGUUAGAAGUUCAAAACGGCGAUAGAAAGUGUAGGUUAAUGCAUGUUUUCAUGUUCAUUUGGAUGGUGGGGAUUUGUAGCCUAUCAGUCAAAUCGAGACAUAGACAAUGGAAACAUCAUGCAGUGUUUGAACUUGUAAAGUGGCUGCAUGGGAUUUGUCGGUUUCGUUGCAUCCAAUAGCAUGGUCCGAGAUAAACUAACACAAGGAGCCGCUUGUGGAUUUGACAGCUCUAACGCAGUUCCAUCUCCGACACACCAAAACACCGCUAUGCGGGUGUCUGCUAGUACGUAUCUGCUAUAGAAUCUAGCCCAUUGUCAAUUCACCUUAAUUGGGGAGGACGGGCUCUUAGUACUGGCUGGCACCGAAUAAAUGGAUUGGUAUUAAACUCAAACACAUGGUUUCCAUGUGUUCGUUACCAUUCCAUUCACUCUGUUACAGCGAUUAUUAUGAGCCGUCCUCCCCUCAGCAGCCUCCUGUGCUGGAAACAUUUGUAGUGCCUCAGUUGCAUUGGUUGUUGUUUUGCCUCUUUUUCUACCUACCUAGCACUGUAAGGCCUACUGGCCACAAUUAACCCUGCACUCAUAGUAAAGUUUGAUGUUCAUUUGCCACCAAAUAACUUCUCAUAAGUACUCUUGUCAUAGGAAAAUAAUGGGACAACAUGUUUUCAUUAUCCUGGUUUUGAAUCUAAUUCAGGUCAAGUGUGUUGCUUACCAGUUUUUCUUUGUGUUUUUUUUUAACCAAUGAUAGAUAAGAUAUUUUAAUGAGAUUGAAUGUUGUACAAGAGAAAUGUUACCUCAGUUAGUGCCCCCUUGUUAAAGUAUUUAGACAGUUUGUAUGCAGUUAUAGUAGUAAACAUUAAUAUUUUUAUUAUAGACUCGUAGAAAAACAACUGAUUUAGAAUGAGCAAUUAAUGAAAUUAAUUAGCAAAGAAGGGCAUUUGAUCACUUGUGUGGUUGCAUUUCAGGAUGCCUAUGUUAUUGUAAUAUCUUUUGUGAAUGUUAUCUCAAAUAUAAAGUACUUUUCUCAAGGAAGAAUUUGGCCUUAAUGUUUUAUAUCGAACAGGUGUUUAAUGUAUUUAUCCAUACUUUUGUGUAUUUCAAAUAUUGAGGAAUAUACACAAUGCUUUGUGCAAUAAAAGCAAGUUAUUAUACAA